AACGGUGUACAUUCAUUCUCGGAGGAGCCCGGGUCCACAUUGACGAAAUAUAUCGAUCAAAUUUAUCGCGAACUGGAAAUACGAUCAAGUUUUUUUUUACUUUAAAGAAAACUUCGUAAUAUUCUUUACUUUCAUAAUUUGUUUUAAACGUUCCAUUCAUGUGAAUCGUCGCUGAAAUUCAGUGUUAAUUAAAAAUAAUAAUGCGGAACACUUUUCAUGUGCAUUUCGAUGUUUCAUUCCGAACAGUAUUAGUGUGAAACAGUUUAUCAGCGUGAGAGGAAACAUGAAGAAAGCUUGCAUCCUACUCUCGUGUCUCACAGGCAUUACUUUGGCGCAGAAUGAACCAAGAAGUUUCAGUGUAAUACCUGGACCUCGAAACUUGAUCGAAGAUGACAGGGAAUACGAACAAGGAAUAAGAAGAUUUGCUUGCCCUGUCGGAUUUUUCCGAUUAAAACGAUUCUGUUACUAUCUAAGUGGAGGCAAAGCUCCCUGGUGGGAGGCACACUGGCAUUGCAAAGAUAGGAAUGCUACUCUUUCAGUGCUGGAUAGAAACGGAAAGGAUAAAAUAUUGCGAAAAUACCUGAUGGGUGAACAAUUUAUGAAACUGGAACGAUGGAUAGGUGGAAUAUAUAAUCAUAAACAAAAUAUCUGGACGUGGGGUGAAACGGGAAAGCAAAUUGAAUUUCAAAGUUUUUAUAAGAAACCCGAAAAUACGAUGCCUUACAGCUGCAUUAUAAUGGAUCCGAACGCGAAGUACAAGUGGAAAGCAAAGAGUUGCUUCGACAAUAAACACUAUGUGUGUGAAGUACCUGCAGGGGGCAUAAGCAGGCGACGGAAGAAAACAACUGAUCCAUUUGCCCCAGAGAAUCAACGUCUAAGGGUCAGAAAGAAGGGCAAGAAGAAGUUUGACCCUGACAAAGAAAACCAGACUAAGAAGCGUAGGCGGAAUAAGGGCAAAAACGCUACCCGGAAAAGAGAGUGGAUGCAGCAAAACCCAAACCAGGAGUGGAAUCAUGGAGUUAAACUUGGGUCAAGGCCGCCCUCCAGAAUGAGAUGGGCACCAGGGGCUAUGCCAAGUGAUAGAAUGAGACACUAUCCCAUCGACAGGACGCACUCAGGAUCAGCUAUACCCAGCGUUUCUCAAAUUUCCGUACAGGGUAAAGAAUAUGGUGCAUUUUUAGGAGACAGUCCCACAACUUCUCAUCGACAACAAAGCUUGACAGAUUUCAACAACGCUAUCAAUGAAUUCCAUGAACAGAUUUUACUAAAAACUUGAAGAAAUCUCUUAGCGUUCUUAUUGUAUUUCAUAUCCAUUGUCUGGAGCCAGUCGUUAGACCUAAUAUGUAUAAAAAUAGCUGUACCCUUCAGAUAAAUCAUGCAUUUUAUCAAAGCGACCUGCAAAGAUUUAGUUAACCAGAUAACUAAUGAAGGCUAUUUUAGAAUUAAGAAAAGGAUGAAAUUAUUUAUUGAUGUGUCAAUGUCGACUUUGUACCCAACGAAUAGUAAUGCAAUAAUUUGCUUUCUUCAGAGAGUGACUACUAGUCGAUAGAUCAAGCCUGAAAAUGAAAGAUAACUAGACUCUAUAUAUAUCAAACAAUAAUCAAAUUUAAUAUUCACUAAUAGUAAAAUAAAUAUUCAUUAGAAAUGUUCGUUAAAAAAAAUGUUCGAAAAAUGAUAUUCACGCACUUAAUACAGCAACGAACCUAGUUUCUUUCAGUCAUUUUUUAAACUUAUUUUUUCAGUACUUAGCUGUCAUUUUUAUCAAGUCAAUAUAUUUUCAUUCUCUGAGUUUUCCCACUUAUUUGUCUAAAUAAUAGCGGUAAGUUUAAGUUGAGUGCAAGAUUAACUAAUAUGCAGCAGCCAAUUAUUUUUCACUUGAUUCGCAUGUAAAUAUGUUAAAUACACAUGUCAGUGCUAAGAAAAUAGUUAACAUCGACAUGUUGUAAAAAUAAAAUAAAUUCUCUUAUGUGUACCUUUGUAAAUAUCGUAAUUUAAUUUAUUUGUAUUUCAAUUUAUUAGACGAUUUUUUAAGGUCUAAGAUAUUGAUUUAAAAGCUUUUCGAAAUAAAUUUAUCACUGUACAACUUUUAUAAUAAGGUAUAACGUACAGAACAAAUUUUUAUAUAACUACUCCUCAUCAUUCCGCCAAUCUACAGGUUUUAAAUUAACAAGUUUAUGAGCUUCUAAAUUUUAUAUUUUUUCAAUCUUUAUUCCAAAUUAAAUAUUUCGAAUUUUGAGAGACGGUACUAAUUUUAAAUUU